GUCAAAUUGCGAGCGACAAGCAACAGCACGAGACACGAUGAUGAUCGCCGACGACGAAGAGGUCCUGCUUACGCCCCGCGCCCCGCGGAGACAGCGACGAGUCGCCCUUCGGAAGCUGCGCUACUUCUGGGGCCUUGAUGACCGCAAGCCGUUCACCGUCCCGUCCAUGGACAGCCUCUUGGAGCGUACGCGACGCAACGCCGUGGCCUUUUUCGCUGGCUACAUGUUUGUCCUUGUCUGCUUCCUCAUCGCAGUCCUCGCUGUCGGUGGCUCGCUCUGGUUUGCAGCAUGGGCCGUCAGCAGCUCGCUUUUGCACGCAGCCUGCCGCAACACGAGUGCGCGAGAUGUAGAGGCCAGCGCAGCGCCCGAGUACGACAAACUGCCCCUCUGACCGUCCGAGGACCAUCGAUGACUCGUUUGUCGACACAGUAUCGGUCCAUCCUGGUGCCGAGCACCGAGGCAUGGACAGUCGCAAAGACUGUAAAUGGGUUAAAUAGAUGGUCUACAUUGCGUUAAAGGGGCCUUCGACCAAUGCGCAGAGCGGCAAUAGAGUGUGUCGUAUGGUACAGCGCUCA